AUGAACAUGAGAACGGACAACACCCGUCCAGUCCCGGAGGAUCAGGCUGGCAAUGACAACGUGGAUGUUCACCAGCUUGCCGAUGUGUACAAGCUCAAGAACGAAGACAAUGGGUUCAUCUCGGAAUACCAACGACCUUUAUCGCCAGGUUCCGGAAGCGAAUCGUCGGGCUGGGAAGUUUGCGAAUCUCCCGAGGAUCUCGUAUCUGCCGAAUGUGACCCAGACAUUGACGAUCAAGACUCUGAGCAGUUCCAGGAGACGACCAUGCCAACCGUCGGCUCACAGGAAGGUCUAUCUCUCAACACGACACCGAAUUUGGCAGAAAUGACAGAACAGUCCGUGUUCAACAGCAUCGAGAAAACCGAGAUUUCUGCUGGCGACAAGAUCAGACAACUCCAAGAGAUACUCAAGGUCGUAUCAUUAGAGAGGGAUGAUGCAGAACAGAGGCUUUCGUCCAACGAAACUUCUGUCACAGACCAAGACACUUCCCGACACCUGUUUGAGGCAGCCGACCGCAAGGCAAGUCACCUUGACAAGAUCAUCUACUCGGACAGAAUGCAAGCAGAGUACGAGCGUCAAGAUGCCGCAAGAAAGCUUGCUUAUAUAGAGCUACAACUCAACGGAGCAGUCGAAACCAUUGGCAAGGAGAGGAUCGAAGCGAGAUUGGACCGCGAGACCCUCGUGGCAGCUGCAAGAUCCAACUACGACCAGGAGAGAGCCACGACUCAGGAAUGCACCAGAGUUGGCGAGAAAUUGGUCGAGAUGGAAGCUUAA